GGCAUGAAUGGGUCUGACCCCAGCAAGACAGACACUCUCAACUCAACAGGUUCUGCAGGGCAAAGGAGAGCUGGAGGAGCCAAGAAGCACACACAAGCAAACAAGUCGGCCCUGCGUGCACCCAGAGCUCUCUGCUGCCUCACUCUCAGCAACCCUAUACGAAUGGCUGCACUGGCGCUAGUGGAGUGGAAAUAUCCUUUUCACCAAUGUCCCUUUGAUAUAUUUAUUUUGCUGGCCAUCUUUGCAAAUUGUGUUGCCCUUGGUGUGUCUAAACCAUUUCCUGAAGAUGACUCCAAUGCCACCAACCACAAUUUGGAACAAGUGGAGUAUGUGUUUCUGGUCAUUUUCACCAUUGAAACAUUCACAAAGAUUCUAGCGUACGGUCUGGUCAUGCACCCCAGUGCCUACAUCCGAAGUGGCUGGAACUUGCUGGAUUUCAUCAUUGUCAUUGUCGGUCUUUUCAGUGUAAUAGCUGAAAUGGGAGAACACAAACCAGGAGAGUCCCAUCAUGCAGCAGGUAAACCUGGUGGUUUGGAUGUCAAAGCCCUGAGAGCUUUCAGAGUACUGCGACCCCUUCGCCUAGUGUCCGGUGUGCCAAGUCUGCAGAUUGUGUUGAACUCCAUCAUGAAGGCAAUGGUGCCUCUGCUUCACAUCGGUCUGCUGGUCAUGUUUGUCAUCAUCAUUUACGCUAUUAUUGGACUGGAGCUCUUUAUUGGAAGGAUGCACAAGACCUGCUUUUAUGUAGGCACAGAACUAAUGGUGGAUGAUGACCCGACGCCAUGUGCAUUUGCGGGAAACGGGCGUUUCUGUGAUGGGAAUAACACAGAGUGCCGGGGAGGAUGGGAAGGGCCCAAUGGAGGCAUCACCAACUUUGACAACAUCUUCUUCGCCAUGCUCACUGUGUUCCAGUGCAUUACUAUGGAGGGCUGGACAGAUGUGCUCUACUGGAUGAAUGAUUCCAUUGGAUUUGAGCUGCCGUGGAUUUAUUUUGUGUCUCUGGUCAUUUUUGGGUCCUUUUUUGUCCUCAAUCUUGUGUUGGGUGUGUUAAGCGGUGAGUUCUCUAAAGAGAGAGAGAAAGCGGUGUGUCGUGGUGAGCUGCAGAAGGCCCAGGAGAAACAGCAGAUGGAGGAGGAUAUGAUCGGAUACAUGGACUGGCUUAUUGAAGCAGAAGACAUGGACGAGGAUGGGAAUAAACGUGCUGUUGUUGCCAAGAAAAAGAUGAUGAAGAAAUAUGGCUGGUACAAACACAGUGAAGAUGGAGAAUCAGAUUCAGACUCAGAGUUUGAAGCAUUCUUGGAUGAUGACAACGGCUGCUGUGCUUCCAUAAUGGCACGGCUGAUGGCUAUAAGUUUCUGUGAGCAGCUGUACCAUUUGAAUCUGGUCAUUAGGAAGAACUGCCGUGUAGCCGUCAAAUCCACCAAUUUCUAUUGGCUGGUGCUGCUGCUGGUGUUUCUCAACACUGCAGCCAGUGCCUCUGAACACUAUGGCCAGCCCAAGUGGCUCACUGACAUACAAGAACGAGCAAAUAAGAUCCUACUGGCUCUGUUCACACUGGAGAUGCUGAUGAAGAUCUACAGCUUCGGGUUCCAGAUCUACUUCAUGGCACUCUUCAACCGUUUUGAUUGCUUUGUGGUGUGUGGUGGUAUUCUGGAGACGGUAUUGGUGGAGCUAGAGUUUAUCCCGCCCAUCGGAAUCUCUGUGUUGCGCUGUGUCCGUCUGCUCCGUAUUUUCAAAGUUACACGACACUGGGCUGCACUCUCAGAUCUGGUGGGCUCUUUGUUGAAUUCUAUGAAAGCCAUUUGCUCCCUGUUGCUGCUACUCUUUCUCUUCCUCAUCAUCUUUGCUCUGCUGGGCAUGCAGCUCUUUGGUGGAAAGUUCAAUUUUGAUGAGACCCAGAUGAAAAGAAGCACCUUCGACACUUUUCCAUCUGCCCUGCUCACCUGUUUCCAGAUCCUAACUGGAGAGGACUGGAACUCUGUGAUGUAUGAUGGCAUCAUGGCAUAUGGUGGACCGGUGUUUCCCAAUAUGAUUGUCUGUAUUUACUUUGUCAUCCUUUUCGUCUGUGGUAACUACAUCUUGCUUAAUGUCUUCUUGGCUAUCGCUGUCGACAACUUAGCCGGAGAUGGAGGCAAAAAGAAAAAAGAAGAGAAAAAAGAAGAGGAGGAGGAAUGGGAAGAUGAUGAAGGAAGAGAGGAAGACGAUGCUGGAAAUGACAUGGAUGACUGGGAAGAGAAUGAAGAGUUGAGAGCAAUUGAAGGGCUUGAGGGUAUAGGCACACCUCUGAAAGUUGAAAGUUUUCAACCCAAAGAGAAAAUCGUCCCUAUUCCUGAUGGAAGCUCCUUUUUCAUCCUCGGAAAGAAAAACUGUCUCAGAGUGGCCUGCCACAACCUCAUUCAUCAUCAUUACUUCACCAACUUCAUCCUCAUCUUCAUCAUAUUUAGUAGUUUUUCAUUGGCUGCUGAAGAUCCAAUCAAAACUCAUUCUGUCAGGAACGUUAUGUUGGGCUAUGCUGAUUAUGUCUUUACCACCGUCUUCACCAUUGAGAUUAUGUUGAAGAUGACGGUGUAUGGAGCUUUCCUUCAUCAAGGUUCCUUCUGCAGAAACGCCUUCAACCUUCUGGACCUUCUCGUCGUCAGCGUUUCCCUUACCUCCUUCUUCUUGCAUUCGAGUGCCAUUUCUGUGGUGAAGAUUCUGCGAGUGCUGCGGGUGCUCAGGCCUCUUCGAGCCAUUAACAGGGCAAAGGGACUCAAGAGUGUGAUUCAGUGCGUGUUUGUGGCUAUCCGCACUAUCGGCAACAUCCUCAUUGUCACCACACUCCUCCAGUUCAUGUUCGCUUGUAUCGGUGUGCAGCUUUUCAAGGGCCGAUUCUACAGAUGCACUGAUGAGGCUAGACACACACCUGAAGAGUGCAAGGGCACGUUUGUGGUGUUUAAAGACGGUGAUAUGAACCAUCCAAUGGUGAGGGAGAGAGUUUGGGAGAACAGUGACUUUAACUUUGACAAUGUGCUGAUGGGCAUGCUCGCUCUCUUCACCGUCUCUACUUUUGAGGGUUGGCCACAGCUCUUGUACAAAUCCAUCGACGCUAAUGCAGAGAACAGAGGGCCCAUCUAUAACUAUCGUGUGGAGAUCUCCAUCUUCUUCAUCAUCUACAUAAUCAUCAUCGCCUUCUUUAUGAUGAACAUCUUUGUGGGUUUUGUCAUUAUCACCUUCCGUGAACAAGGAGAGGCCGAAUUCAAAAACUGUGAACUAAACAAAAAUCAAAGACAGUGUGUCUAUUAUGCAUUGAAAGCUCAACCUAUUAAGAUUUACAUACCCAAAAACCCCUCUCAACUCAAAUUCUGGAAGAUCAUCAAUUCCUCUCAGUUUGAAUACAUCAUGUUUUUGCUCAUUCUGCUCAACACACUCACACUGGCUGUACAGCACUACGAGCAGUCAAAACUCUUCAACUUUGUGAUGGAUAUCCUAAACAUGAUCUUCACCACACUCUUCACUGUUGAGAUGAUAAUCAAACUUCUCGCUCUGAGACCUUAUCACUAUUUUAUAGAUGCCUGGAACUCUUUUGAUGCGUUGAUAGUGGUGGGAAGUUUGGUGGACAUCAUGAUCGCAGAGUUUAGUGGUGGAGGAGGCCAUGGUGAGGGGAAAGAGGGGGAGAGCGCCAAAGUGUCCAUCACUUUCUUUCGUCUUUUCCGAGUUAUGCGACUGGUCAAGCUGCUCAGUAAGGGCGAGGGCAUUCGAACCCUCCUUUGGACCUUCGUCAAAUCUCUACAGGCCCUGCCAUACGUCGGUCUACUCAUUGCGAUGAUCUUUUUCAUUUAUGGUGUGAUUGGGAUGCAGACAUUUGGGAAGAUAGCUGUAGACGACAACACUGAGCUCAGUCGGAACAACAAUUUCCAGACAUUUUUCAUGGCUGUGCUGCUACUGUUCAGAUGUGCGACGGGCGAGCAGUGGCAGGAGAUCAUGCUUGCAGCACUGCCGGGGCGACGGUGCGACCCAGAGUCAGACUUUGAGCCAGGAGAGGAGUACAGCUGUGGCAGCAACCUGGCAUACCUCUAUUUCAUCAGUUUCUUUGCACUCUGCGCUUUCCUGAUCAUUAACUUGUUCAUCGCUGUCAUCAUGGAUAACUUUGAGUAUCUGACCCGAGACUGGACUGUACUGGGCACCCAUCACCUAGAUGAGUUUAAACGAGUCUGGUCAGAUUACGACCCAGAGGCCACGGGACGGAUUAAACAUCUGGAUGUAGUCACCAUGUUGCGCAGAAUUCAGCCGCCACUGGGCUUUGGGAAACUCUGUCCUCAUCGCGUAGCCUGUAGGAGACUGGUUGCUAUGAAUGUUCCUCUCCACCCUGACGGCACUGUGUCCUUUAAUGCCACCUUGUUUGCUCUCGUCAGAACUUCACUCAAGAUUAAGACUGAUGGACCCAUCGACCAGCAGAACGAGGAGCUGAGAGCGAUCAUUAAGAAGAUCUGGAAACGCACCAAACCCAAACUACUAGAUGAAGUUAUACCUCCCCCUGCAGGAAAUGAGGUGACUGCAGGAAAGUUCUAUGCCAGUUUCCUGAUUCAGGACUACUUCAAGAAGUUUCGCAAGCGAAAGGAGAAGGAGAGAAAGAAGAAAGGCAAGGACAAGUCAGCCUCUCUCCAGGCUGGGUUACGUACACUACAGGACCUAGCUCCAGAAAUGCGGCUGGCCAUGGCAAUGGAGGAGGAAGAAGGGAUGGAGGGGGAGAUGAUGGACGAAGAAGAGUUCUUCAGGAGUGACAGCGUCUUUAGUGAUGGUCCUCCCACCCCUGUCAUGUUGACCCCCGGAAGCACCCCUCUGCCCCCCCACCUGGACGAGACCACAGUGAGCAUUGAGCCUCCUCCUAAAAUACGAAAUGGGAGUUUAAUGCUGGAGGAGGCCCUGCUGGACUCCCGCCCGGCCUCUGCGUUAUCGGAAAAUGAAGUGGUAUUUGAACAGCCUCAGAGGCUGUCUCCCCUGCCCAAAAGGUGGGCCUCCAGUCACAAAAAACUCAACACAUUGUGGAUACUGAAUACCAACACAAGGAAUGAGACUACACAAGCAUGUAGCUAUCUUCCUUCUCCAUCUCCGGAUGGAGGGAUGCAAACUGGAGUCACAGAGGGAGGAAUCACAGGUGGAGUCACAGAAGGAGGACUCAAAGGAGGAGUCAUCACAGGAGGGGGAGUCACAGGAGGAGUUGUCACAGGAGGAGUCACAGGGGGAGGAGUCACAGAAGGAGGAGUCACAGGAGGAGUUGUCAUAGGAGGAGGAGUCUCAGGGGGAGCAGUCACAGGAGGAGUCACAGAGGGAGUAGGAGUGGAGGUAGUAUACCCUGCAGAGCAAGCCGAUGUCAGUAAGGAGGACACUCAGAGUGCUGCGUCAUUUGAUAGACAGUGGUAUCCAGAGGUUCCUUCGGCACAAACACCAGUUUUCAAUGGGGCCAGUGAAGUUGUGGCCCCAGUUCAGCCAAGUAGCAUCAACAGCAACAGCAGAGGCAACAGCCAAGAUGCUGGUAGCUACCAUGGAAACGAUUACCGUGGAAAUGGCUACAAUGGGAACGGUGCCAAUGGGACUGGUUAUCCUGGUAACCGUUACCCCAGCAAUGGCUAUAGCAGCAAUGGCCACAAUGGGAAUGGAUACAAUAGUAAUGGAUACAUUGACAAUGGAUACAACGGUAAUGAAUACAAUGGUAAUGGUUUUGCUGCACGCAGACGCAUGCUUCCCCCAACUCCCUCAGGCCGAAAGCCAAACUUUAACAUCCAGUGUUUGAGGAGGCAGGGCAGUAAUGAAGAUCUCCCAAUUCCAGGCACCUACCACCAAAACUCCCCACCCUGCAGAGCACGCAUACAGACACACAACAGUUUCGACUCACGACGAAGCAGCAUUUCAUCUGAGGUUUCUUCUGCCUCUUGGGCGAACAACCAGGCCAGACGGGGUCGUCUCCUCUAUGCCCCCCUCAUUCUGGUGGACGAGGUGGGGGGCACUCAGGCUAUGUGGGGUGAUGGCACAAAUGGCAGCGCCACCCUGCCGGCAUCAGCCCGUCCCAGGUGGUUUGCGAGUGGAAUGGCAGGCGCAGCUCAGCAGUCUCGGGCGUGCACCACUCUCAGACUGCCCUCCCAACAAAGUUCUGGAUACAUAGAGAAAGGAAGUGCUGACAGCCUUGUGGAGUCGAUCCUGAUAUCCGAAGGCUUGGGUCUCUAUGCCAAAGACCCCAAAUUUGUUGACUUUGCAAAGCGAGAAAUUGCAGAUGCCUGUCACAUGACCAUUGAUGAAAUGGAGAGCGCUGCAACUGACCUGCUGAGUCGAGGAAGUGCAGGGCAACCAAUUACACGCUUUGAGGAGGAUCUAUCUGAUGAGAUGAAUUGUGUUAUAUCAUACUAAUGGCUUUGAGUUUGUUUGGGGGGGGGGGUUAAAACUUAAAAAAAAAAAGAGAAAGUUUAUGGGCCUAAAAACAGAAUAGAAAUGGCCAUCACAAACUCUACUAUAUUCACCUCUUCAUAUUCAAUUAAGAUGGGCAUAGUUAUACACCUAAUAUUGCCCUCAUCGUGCAGAUUCAGGUAUCUGUAAAAGGAACAUGUGAUGACCACAUUGGCCUGUAUUUACCCCAAUAUGUUUGCACAUCAGUUUAGUUAAGAGCCUUACUAAAUCACAAUAAGAGCCUAAUCUCUGAUGAUGAGUCUGAAGUGAAUUCUGAAAAGGUGUUAAUGCAUGACUUUAUGUGGCAUUACAAAGACAGAAUCCUCCUGUGAACUAAAUGUGGUGACAGACUCGAGGGGUCUCUGCAGCUUGGAAUCAAGGAAUAGUAGUAAAAUAGAGAUGAAUUACUUGGAUGGUGUGAUGGUAUUUGAUGUUUUCAGAAAAUCUUUUCUCCUAUUUGGGAAAAUAAAUUCCAGCAUAUUUAUGUUAGCUAGUACUUAUACUUGCAGAAGUCUUCUUUUUUUAAUAUGAUAAAUUAGCCUACAAUUACACAAUAAACAUCCAAUGAUGCUUUUUAAAGGUCUGGAUAUUGCUACGUUAUAGUGCUAAACAUUUGGGUGAUUUUUUUUUACUUCCAAUGUUCUUUUGACUGUAGUUCAGUAUGUGGAUAUAGCAUCAUUUACACUAACACUGCUACCAUAUGCUCUAUACAGUUUUAUAAAACAUAAUAAACAACUG